AUGCUGUACGUUGCUCACGCUCACGAGGCUUCGGCCAUCGUGCAGACGCUCGUGCUUCCGCGCUUCCUGCCAACGGGACCUUGCCUCGCCCUGGUCAGGCAUUCAUCGAUCGACUUCCUCUCCCUCGCCACACAGGCCGACACCGAGAGCAGCGGAAGCGGAGCUGCGGGCCUCCUCGAGACGGUACAUACGGUCAGCGUGCAUGCUCGCAUCCUUUCUGUCCAGCUCGUCACCGACCCAGCCCAUCCCUCCGAUGCGCUUGCACAGACCUUGCUCGUCCUCACGGACCACUACCAGCCUAGGCUCAUCGCUCUCUCCGCCUCGCUCGAUCCGGCUUCCGGCGACAUCCAGGUCAUCACCAAGGCCACACUCGCACUCGACGAAGCCGCCCGCUCUCCCGCUGAAGCCGCACUCACCAUCUGCUCCGAGCCCUCGACGCCCGCUUCUCCGCCCCUGGGCCAACGCAUCGCCAUCGCGCACAUCUACAAAGGCAUCCUCAAGGUAGUGCCUCUUUCCAAAGCUCAGCCCUCCGCACACCACGAUGGCGACGAGCUCAUGCAAGACGUUGAUACGCCGUCCACCUCGGCCCGGUCUGCCGAUUUCACCCGUGCCUUUGGCGUGCGCUUGCCACAUCCCAACCUGCUUUGCUCCGCCGUCCUCAGCCCGACUCAAAGCCACGCCGCCCCUGCCAUCGCGCUCCUCUCCCAGUCCAGCGUGCCCUCCAAGAUCCCUGGCUUUGGCGAGUCAUGCCUCCCCGUCCUCUCCUUCCACACUGUUGACGUCGACAACCAAGAUCUUCAGCCACUCCCCUGGGGUCCCCCUCGUACGCCUCCUCGUGCUUCUCGCACCGACGACGACGACAGGUCGUACGAUCCCCAAUCUUCAACCGCAGCUACGCAGGCCAGUCGCGACAUCAAGCCCACCGCCAGGCAGGACAAGUCUUCCGCACGCAAAAAGCACGGUCCCGCCGCCAUGGGCGCCAGAAUGUCCAACAACGACCUUCGCAAGCGCGAGCACGACUGGGCAAAGUCCGAUCUCGCAAACUGCCACGUCCCCUUGCCCUUUGCCGACGCUGUAGGUGCUCAUCUCAUCCAUCCGCUUCCCGCUCGCGUCGGCGGCGGCGUGCUCGUCUUUUGCGAGAACAGCAUCCUCCAUGUUCCCCCACCCGCCAACACACAAACGCCAAGCUCUCCCGCAUCAACCUCGCCCGAGUCGGCAGACCUCAAGGGCAAAAGAAGGAAGGCAAGCCAAGGCGACACCUUUGAACCUCGAAGGCGCUCCUCGGGCGCUCUGCCCCAGCCCAACACCACCACUGAAGCAGCGACGACCUCCUCAUCCGCACCCUCCAACGAAAACGGCAAGCGAAGACGCUCCUCUGCAGUCGCCCCAACAAGCUCUCCUUCGUCUCCCCUGAAAAGCAAUGCCGCCACUCCUUCUCGUGCCCGACUGCUCAGAGUAGGCCUGCCGCAUCCCGUUCAGGUGGUCUCGGCCGUCGACAUGGACGAUUCGUCCCGUGACACCGCCAACAGCAGUGACACCGCCAACAGCAGUGACCGCUUCUCGGUGUUGUUUGCAUGCAGCUCAGGCGCCCUCAACGUGCUCACACUCACACUGCCCGCAGAGCCCGUCUCGGAAUCCGCAUCAAUCCUGAUCCAGCCCAAAUCGAUGAAAGUAGCCACCUUCGGCUACUCUUCUCAGCCUGCAGGACCUCAGGCACUCUCCUACCUCGGAGAAGGCGUCGUAUGCAUCGGCAGUAGCACCGGCGACACUCUGCUCCACCAAGUCGUGCCACGCGACGUGGACGAUGCAGCUGACCCAACAGCCGCCCAGCUCAUCUCGCCGCCAUCAUCGCCCACCCAGUCCAGAAGGCGAAGCAGCUCAUUCCAGCUGGCGAGCAGCUCCCAAGAUCGAACCGAACUUCCGUCCGCCGGCUCACUUCACACGAUCGAAAGCUGGCAGAACCUGGGCCCUAUCGUCGAUUUCGUUGUGGACGACGGCGCAGGUGGCGAUCCUAGCGCCUCUUCCAGUGCUCAGGCUAGAAUUGUCACGUGCAGCGGCGCCGGACCGUCUGGCAGCAUUCGCGAGGUGCGUAGCGGCGCCUCUGUACAGGAUGUGUGCACGCUCCCGAUCCCCAACGCCCAACACAUUUGGCCGGUCCACGCCGAUUUGAACGGCUCAAAGCAGACAAGCGGCAUGCUCGUCGGCUUCGCCACUUCCACCGCCUAUCUCUACUUUGACGUCGACGGCAAUCUCGUCGAUGCCACCGACCGCCUCGCAUCCGUCUGUCGUAGCACGGCGGAUUCCACCCUCGCAGCGUCUUCUCUGGUGGACGCUUCGGGCUCGGCACUACUCCUUCGCGUUGCUCGUUCCGAUGUCUCUCUCUUGCGAUGCCAGGACGACUCGAUUGCACUGUUGCACCAGUGGUCGCCCCCAUCGGGAUUCGAGAUCACCACGGCCAGCGCCAACGACCUCGGCCAAUGCGUCAUUGCCCUCAGCGACAAGACGCUCUUGUAUCUGACCGCCGAGGCCGAGUCCUUGACUGAACGCGUCAAGAUCUCCCUCGAACACGAGGUCUCUUGCCUCGACAUCAGCUGCUUGUCGCCAGGCGAGCCCGCCAAGAUCGUUGCUAUCGGAUUUUGGCAGGCUCGUACGAUCCAAAUCCUCUCUCUCCCCGACAUGGGUCCCGUCGGACAGAGCUCGGUCGUGCAGCAGCAGCUUCCGGCGGUGCCGCGAUCCUUGCUCCUCCAUCGCUUCGCCAGCAAGCAGACUCGGCAGGGCGCUUCGAGACAGUCGAGGACCUCUUUGCGCAACCGAGACGCUGUGAGCCCACACUUGCUCAUUGGGCUCGGAGAUGGCACGCUCAUCACCUACAGCCUCAGCCUUCCGACCGACGAAAGCUUCAGCCGCACCGUCGGUCUUUCGGACUGCAAGACCUUGUCGUUGGGCACGCAGGCGCUCAAGCUCGACGCCAUCGAGACCUCUUCUGGCGCUCGGGUGGUGGCAGUGUCCGGGAGCCGUCCCACGCUGGUCUUUGCAGACUCGAAGCGGUUCUCGUACAACGCGCUCCAGCACGGCGAUCAACGCUGCGUCGCCACUCUUAAUGUCGGACCGGAGCAGGUGCUUAACGCAUUCGGUCUUGGAGAUUCGGUCAAGCUUGCCUCGGUGGGCACGCUGCAACAGCGUGAUGUGCGCACCUUCCCUCUUGGCCUCGACCAGCCGCUUGCCAUCGCGCAGUGGCCUGCACGCCAAGUCUUUGCCGUAUGCACUUGGGCAUUUCUGCCUCGAGGCAGCGCCUCGGGCGGCGACAAGCCUCGAGGAGCGGUUCGCAUCCUCGAUCAAACCACAUUCGAGGUCUUGGAUGAGAUCCGUCUCGAGACCGACGAACGUCCGAACUGCAUCGCUGUGUUGCAUGCGUAUGGAACCGAGAUGCUCGUGAUUGGCACCGGAUACAUCGACAGCCAAUCCCAAGAGACCGUCUCUGGCCGACUUGUCGGAUUCGAUGUGUCGGCUGGCUCGUCUCGGACCAAGGAGGAGCGUGGGCGAUUGCGGAGGCUGUUUGAACACGAUGAGAACGGCAACGUGUACAGCGUACAGUCGAUCGGCGACCGGCUUGCUGCCGCCGUCAAUUCGGAGGUCAAGAUCUACAGCGUCGUCGAUCCCCGCCGCGGCGAUGCAUCCUCGCCCAGGAUCAAGAUCAAGCAGCGCGGCAGCUGGGCGAGUUCGUUCAUCGCGUGCAGCCUUUCCGUGGUUGAGCCGGACCGCAUUGUGGUGGGAGAUGCGCUGCGGUCGAUGAAUGUGCUCCACGUGCAUCCGCAGACGGCUCGGGUGUCCGAGAUCGCGCGCGACUGCGAUCCGUUCUGGACGAGCGCUACGGAGCUACUGGAUGAUGCCAGCCAGACGUACAUUGGGGCCGACAUUUCGUUCAACCUGUACACGACGCAGCGUGUGCUGCUGAGUGACGAGGUCAAGGCACGCAUGCGCAGGGCACGGGAGCGCGAGCAGGAACGCACGGUUUCCGCGUCCAACUCUCAGGGCGGUGGCCGGGACGACGGCGAUCAAUACGCACACGUGACGCAGAGAAGCGCCGUGUGGCAUUACGGCGACAUGAUCAGCAAGUUUUGCCGGAAAUCGCUUGUGCCAAGCGCGGGGGCAAGCGCAGCGAUCCAGCCCAAGCUGAUCUUCUGCACGGCUGCGGGUGCGAUUGGCGUGAUCGCGCACGUGCGCGACGAGGAAGCGCAGCUGUUGGCCAAGGUGGAGCGCAACACGCUGUCGCUGAUCGAGUCGGGCGGUGGCGAGUCGAACGCGGCUUCGGCGGGCGUGGUGGGUGGCAUCCGGCACGAGGAGUGGCGAACGCUGCGAACGGAUCACCGCGUGCAGAGUCCGGCUGGAUUUUUGGAUGCCGGCGUGCUCAAGAUGUUUAUCGACGGCAGACUCGAUCGUGAUCAACGCGAUCGGAUCGUCCAAGGCCCCGCAUCGGAAGCACAGGCUCUCGGCGUCGAGAGGGAAGCGGUUGAACAGCUCAUCGAAGCUCUGAGCCAGGUGUGCUAG